AAAUUAGUCUAAACACGGUUCAUUUGAGUCCGUUUUAUUUCCUAGACAACGAAUAACAAAUUUGGCUUGACUUUCGAAUAUCUUGUGAGAUACCUAUUUGAUUAUUAAUAAUGGAAUCAAUAAACGAAGAAAUUCAAGCAAAUUUACCUGACCCACCAGAUGAAGAAACUGAAAUAAAACUAAGACCACUGGAAAGAAUUAAAUUAAACCCAAAAGUGCCUCCUGAGCCUUCAGCCUAUGGGAAGGGAAAAAAUUUUAGCCGACCUUGGAUAUUACAGGAUGGUCGAGAAGUUCCAAAAUCGGGCAGUGAAAUGCGAGAAAGUUUUUGUGUCCCAAAGAAACCACCCAAAGGAGAAGGUAUUCGAAAGCGAAUGUUAAAGGAUUUCUUUUGGGAGCAAAUGUUAGAUGAAGUAAUUGAAGAACUCGCCACCUCCCAGCCUGUCGCCGAUUAUUGCACAGAGUACGAGUCUAACUUUAUCAAGGAGCAGUUUGAACCACGAAAUUUGGAAAUUACUGCGGAUAAAAAUAUGCAUCUGAAAUAUCCAUUAUACGGCACGGGUUCCAGCGCAAUAACUUAUUAUAGCGAAAGCGUUAAAAAGACAGGACCAGGCGAAAUUCUGGAGAAGUUUCGUAGAUGCCAGUACUUUACAAAACCAAUGGAGGAGAGACUAGACAAUGGCUGGGUCUUGUAAUUGGUAUUAUUAAAAGUACCUAAUAAUAUUA